AUGGAGACAUCACAUCCGAUUCCCGAUCCCCACGAGCGUGAUGCGUAUUUGACAGUGAAUCACGCCCUUAGUCCCAAGCUUGCGGGAGAGUUCCCUGCGGAAGAAAUAACGCCGGUUUCAAACCGCCUGGCAAGAUUGGCUUUCCUAUCGGAAAAUGCGCACUUUUCAGAAGAGCAAAAUAUUAUUCUGAACGGCUGCCUCGACAGCAUUGAAUCCAUUUUCGAUCCACGCGCAGGACUGACCCAAGAAAUUGCCCAAUGCCGUCCCAAAAGUGUCUGCACGGAAUGCGCGAAAGUCGUUGCUUCCGAAGUUCCAAGCAUUCGUCAUGAUAGUACAGAUGUUGAAACUUCCGGCACCAAAGAGGCAUCUAUCAAGGAGCUGACAAGCGUCCUCAGUGAAAUCACCGAAUUCAGUGAAGAGUUCAAGAAACGCAGAAAAGAGUCGCUGCAAAUUUAUGAUCUUUGUCGCCGGGAAAUUCGAAGAAUGACACGGAGCAUAUCUGUACUGGAACAGGACGUGCAUAAAUUGCAGAAGGAACUCUGGGAAGAGAUGGCGGAGCGUGAAGGGCUUCAAGGCACAGUUAAUGGGUUGGUCGGCUGGAUUGAAGCUUGGCAGGAACAGCAUGAUCAGGUAACCGCGUCCAGGUCGCAUAAAAGUGGGCGAAGGCAAUGGACGCGACGUAAGGCGGAAAUAUGCAACGAGGAGACCGUCGGGGCACUUCUCGAGGGUAUACGCGCUUGGACGCGUGGAUGGAGAGAUGUCGAAGAAGCAUAUCGCAUACGGGAAAGAGAACGCAGGUUGAGAAUGAAAGGUAGACAAAGACAGCAGCUCGAAGACAUCCAAGAGCACAGCACCUCAGGAACCCUCUGA